CAAGAUAAUACCUUCUUCCUCAGCAAUUAACGGAAUCCCUAACCUCCCGGCUUCCGAGUCGUUUUAUUAUCUAUUUCUAUACUAGGUACCUAGCUAUUUGAAACACUAAACUAGGUAUAAUCAUAAAAACGUAUAUCCCAUCAUGUAUUGUUAUCGAUUUUCAUAUCUAUUUUUAUCCAUUCAAUUGUAAUGAUACAGCUAGAGGUAUCACCAGGAAACUUAAACAGCAUAAAAAUGAACAAUUUAUAUCAGUGUGACCUCGUUUAUUUCUUGAUAACCAGACAUAUAGGAGAGCUUAUAACAACAGCUAAGUUUAGUUGUGCUUUUUUGCCAUACAUAACAUCAAGCAUCGACUAUGUUCUACAGGAAAAUGUAUUAAAAUAACUGAAGUUUAUUUUCUGUUUCCUCAGACCGUUGCCAAAACUUCGAUCAAAUAUAGUAUCGAGGUUAUUCCGUAACCAGGGUUACGCGAACCGUUUAUGUGACGUUUAUCAGAUCAAUUUUGUACAUUUUCAACAUUUUCCUGACGCGUAAUUUACGUUUUACGGAAAUAAACACAAAGGACAGUUUAAUAACGGCACAUUUUGUUUCAAAAUUGCCGCGGUUUUUCUUGCAGACCGGCAACCUAAAAACCGGCUGAUUCUACACAGUGAGUCCACGUGAACGAUAGGAAAUUUCCAGAUCAGCAAAUUUGUUUAUAUUUACCUUUUAUCAGUGCUAUUAUUAUAUAAUAUUUACAAUAAGUGAGAAUGACAAAUUCAUUUGAUAAGCUACGUGAAUUGAACAUUACACGCGACGAAGUGAACCGAAUUGGUGAAGCCCUAAAGAAGCCCGAGUUUCGCAAACUACUCUGUGAAUACGUGGAAGAACUGCACGAUCCUGAAAAUAAGAAGCGAUACGAGGAAGAAAUUGUACAAUUAGAGAAAGAGCGAGGUGUCGACGUGACUUUCAUACACCCAAACGCAGGGUACGUAAUCAAAACUAGCGUAAACGGAAACCAAAAAGCAUUUGUGAAUAUUUGUUCUAACGAAAACGUGAAAAAACCGGCUUCAAGUCCUACCGUAAAAGAAGGGGCUAGGGGGCUUAACUGGAGCUUGCCACAUACUUUAUCACCCCCUAGGGACGAUAUUGAUAAUAAGGGGGUACGUUGUCAAGUGUUUGAUGUUGUUUUUCAUCUAGAUGCUUUGCAUUUAGCUUCUAAGAACUCUGCAUUUCGUACUAUGGUUAAUAACACUGCUUUAGAUGCUGUAGAGGCUAAUUUUGAUGUAAAAUUGGACAAAAAGAACCUCAAAUUUCCAAAACUUUCGUAUAAAGGUAUGCCUCAUCCUAGUGUAGUACGUACCCCUUCUGAGAAGCUGCCUGAGCAUUCUGCUGAAGAAAAACAGUUUUAUGAUAAUUUGUUUUCUAAAGCGAACCUGCCACCUGUGCACAGUCCCAGUAAAAAACAGAAUAAGACUAGGAAAAACAGCAGUGAUGAUAACUCAGAAUACACCACCCCAAAAUACAUCAUCAAACACAGAACUCAUGUAGAUCUCCAAGAAUUUACAGAUAAUAAAAAUGCUAAACUAAACACAGCUAUUCCCAAGGAACUUGUUGUGGUGAUAGAUUUGCCUCUUCUAAAAUCUUCUGGAGAUAUCUCAGUGGAGGUGACUGAAAAAACAGUACAACUAGUUAGUGAGAAGCCUGCAAAGUACAAACUUGACCUAACUUUGCCUUAUAGAGUAAAUGACUCAAUAGGAAAUGCAAAGUUCAAUAAGGAUCUUAAGCAGUUAGUGAUUACACUUCCAGUGAAAAACUGCAUGAUGUCUGCAGAACUUAGUGAUAGUGGUGUGGAAAGCGAUCAUGGAGGUCUGUGUUCUCCAGAAUGUGAUGAUGAACCCAGUGGAAAAAUAUGUGAUUUUGAAAAUGUUGAACCCAUUGUUAAGUGUCUUGAACAACAUCCAUGCUUUAGAACUAUGUUUUUGGAUAAAGGCCUGCAUUACAGUCUUCCUGAAUUCAGUUGUCAUCUAUUUGAAAAUGUAUUAGCAUUCACUUUAAAUGUGAAAAAUGUUGAUGAAAAAUCUGUUGGUAAAAUCUUCCCCAGUGAUAAUUCGGUUCAUGUUAAGUUUACUAGCAUAGGUUCAAGCUUUUAUCCUAGCCAUUAUGCCUUUAUGAUUCAACUACCUGAGUCCAUCAACCAAGAUGAUACAAUUGUUGAGGUUUGGGACAAUAAUGUUGUGCUGCAAGUAUCUGUCAAGUGUUCCAGUGAGUCAUUUGCAUCAUAUUUCUAUGGAACUAAAGAGGAAGAUCUCAAGGAAAAGUUUGUAGAGGAGCCUGAGGUAGUAAAGACUGCUCAGCAGGAAGAUUCUUCUGGAGAAAGUAAGGAAUUGAAUGAGAAUAUUAAUCUGACUGGCAAUUCAGAAAAGGAAGUCAAAAGGUCUAGAAAUCUUGAGGAAUCAAAGGAGUUGUUUGCAUCUAACCCAUCGAUCCACAAUGCAGGCAGUAUAGAUGAUCACGACUACCAUGCAAGGGCCAUUGACAUUGCUGGUACUUCAUGUGAAUCCAGUGGCGAUGAGCUGAGUUGCAGCAGCUACAGUCCUAGAAAAAAUAAAGGUAUUUUAAAACGACUAUCUAUUAGACGUUUCCCUCCAGUUGGCCGCAGUAUUUCCGAGUCAAGUUUAGAUGACAUUGUAUGCUCGUCUUCGUUCGAAAAUUGUCAUCAUAGUCUAGAUCUUGAAUCAGGAAUACCUGAGGAUGGUGAGACUGAAGUGUCUACUAGCCUCAAGAAAACUGUUAGGUUCAAUGAUGUCGUUGUCAGACAGCUUUUCAGAUCCAACUCGAGCAUUCUGGGUCAAAAAAAGAAAAAUCAGCGUAAGGCACAAAAAAAGAAAAGGGCUUUAGAGCGAAGGCAUAGCGAAAGUGAAGCGUCUGAAGUGGAAGAGAAGAAGGAGGGAGAAUCAAAGGACUGUCAUUCAAAAGAGAACGAUGAAGCACAACAGGCGAAGGUGUACAAGCAGGAUGAUCACGAUAUUUUCCAUCUUGAUAUGGUGUAAGGCGCAUAAGUUACAUAUUUUCCGUCUAAGAAUGUUUCGAUGAUUUUGAAAAAUUGCAAGUAUGUAAUAAUGUUUGUGGAUUCGUGAGAUAUAAAUUGCAGAUACAUCGAAACCUAUACUGUACAGGGUGUCCUGACGGUUGGGACUCUCCUUUUCAGAAACAACUUGGAAUGAUAACUCAGUUUGCGGUAAAACAGCACCACAGACUUAAAAAAGAAAAGUAUUUAUUAUAAAAAACGUCUCAGCCGAGCAACACUAUGCAUUUGCUAAGUUAUUUAAAUCGAGAUUAAAAGCGUUUUUAGCAGUUUCUGUUAUAUAUAUAUAUAUAUAUAUAUAUAUAUACACUAUACCAAGUCUUCUGUCAUUGAUGAGCAUAUUUCUGUUAUGAACGGGAAUACUAGCCAAAAUUCGAUACAUCAUCGAAAAAGAAUUGAAAUUAUUAUUCAGAAUUGCUAUAUUACAACUCUACGGAAAAUUCAGAGGAGAUUUGUCAAAUGCAAAAGUCAAUUACUGAACUAAGUUUUUAUGUUUUAUGUGUGCAGGUCAUCAUAAGUCUAACCUUCGGGUAUUCUUUUUGAAUAGGAAACGGUACUGUAAUACGAUAUACUUAAAAAAAAAAUAAAACAAAAAAAAUUCACAAAACUCUAUGGGUCCUAAAUAUGUCGGAUGAAAUGGCGAAGUCAUUGUUAACAUUGCCUACCUGAAUAUAGCCAACCUAAUACUAUAUCCGCGUGUCCGAAAAUUUAUCCGAGAUGGAAUGUGAUACUGUAGUCUAUGAGAAUUUGUCUCAGCUGACUUUCUUCUGCCCGCAAUAAUAAAACAUCUGCUUUGAAAAGGUUAGUUAGAUGGCACUGUAGCUAAACCCUAUUUCACGAGUAUCCAUUACGUUUUGACGUCUACUGAGGUGAAUAGCAGAUCAGCAAGUGACAUCUUUGUAUUAGUCUGUCAUGUUGGCAAUGAUGAAUCGGGUGUAAAUCUUGUAAAAGUUGGGACCAUACUGAGAGCUGUUGUUCAUAUAUCUAGAUAUUUUUUGUGACUAGGAGUUUUGACAAUAUAAUGUACAAGGUACACAAUAAUGAGUUGAAUACCGGUAUGCCAACCACUCUCGUUAACUACUUCGCAACAAACCCGUUAUUUAAAAUUUUCGUUCACGCCGUCCUAAGUAAAUAGGUUUCCAAUACGGCUGUUGUGUAUGAUGUAUUAUCGAAAUCCUUUUUGAUUUGAAAUUCUCUUGUACAGGAAUUUGUACGGAAUAUGACAUGAUUCAUUUAACCACUGAGGGUUCGCACAGUGACAUUUAUACUAAACUUGUUGUGGAUGCGUUGCCGAAGAUAUAUACCAGUAAAUUAGAAUCCUUCAAUACCCUCAAAGUUAAUGUGCCAUUACGAUAUACUGGAUUCUGUGCGAAUGUGUUAUGCAUUUGUCAUGCUUGCUUGCUAUUGGCAGAACAUCUACACUGUAUACAUGUCAAAGACAAAGAACUGCCGCGAAAACUGCCCGCUGUUGCUGUUGAAUACCACUCAGUUGCUCAAUAGACUAAAGGCUACACGCUGCAUUCGGCAAUACUUUUUGAGAGAAUUUGCUGCGAUCCUGACUUUCAGUUCCACCUAAAAUCGGAGAACCGUUAAAAGUGAAUGCGCCAUUCAGAAAUGCAUCAUAAUUCAAGAAAAUGGUAAGAAGAUGGUGUAACAUAUAGCAACGCGGCAAAUUACAGCUGCGCUCGACGAGCCCAUAACCCACCUCCCACGCCCUUAGUCUCAUGCUCAUUCGGCACACUCCCUCUGUAACAUAAGUGUUGUAUGGUGUUGCACGCCUCUCUCUCUCUCUCGAACACAUUGAACGAAAAUAAAUCUCGCUGCCUAUAGUUGGCUACAGCGCCAUCUAUGAGACACUAAUCUAUUAAAAGUAGAUUUCCAAUUUUUGUGGAGAGGAGAAAGAUAGCUGUGACAAAUUCUCAUAAAUGACGCGACGGUAUCUCAUAUUUUACCGAUACUUUGUUAUCUAAAUAUAAAAUCAUUUGAACAAUACGUACUAACGCACUUUUUCUGGACUAGAACUGAAACAAUGAGCUUUAUUGCGAAAACAUAAAAUUAUCCCAGUGAAUGAACUUCUCUUUCUACCGUAAUUAGGCCUAGCAACAAAAUGUGGAAAGGUGGUAUUUGUUUCUUAUUUUUAGCAUUAUAAGCCUUUUUUAUUGAAACUGUUAAAAGUAACAGAAAACGUGCUGGUGUCAAACACAAUUUAAUUGUUAGGGUUUGUUGGUUAUCUGUACUAUAUUUGUUCUACAUUUGAUGCUUGUGAUAAGUUAGUUUUUACUUUGUACUAUACCUACUGUACUUUUAUUAUAUAUUUUACACUUAUUUUUGUUGUGAUUUCUUGGAUUCAUGAUUUAUACAGAUCUAUAGUUAUUGAAAAUAAAUUAUCAAAA